GUGGAGUUGCUGUACUCACAGAGCUGAUAUUUGGAGGAGCUGAUCUGUCUGUGAGGGUGAUAAUAAACCCUGUGGAGGAGACGCGCUGAGCGGACAUGGCAGAAACAGAGGAGGAAACUCGCGCUGCGGUUUGGGUCGCGCUGAAGAGGCUCGACCUGAACGAUGACAGGGUUACAGCUCUAAGAGAGGUCCACAUUCCCAGAGGGACAAAAAUGACCACAGUCAGACAGAUCUUAGCCCACUCUUUCAGACUGGACACUGCUCAACUGACAUUCAAGAUACGAAACAGCCGAGGCUGCUUAAUCCCUUUAAACAGCUGCAUACCAGUGAACAGCAAACAGAUGCCAUAUGUCUUGGAGGUGGCAAAAUAUUUUCAGCAUGUUAGCGCAAGGCCCAGAAGUACUGCCAUCCACAAAAGCUUGAAGUCAAGACUGCAGGGUAUUGUAAGAAGGAUUGAAAGGCUAGAGGAACUUCUUCCUCAAAUCAAGCAGAAACAACAUGACACGAUGAUUAAGGACAUCGAAUUGUUAAACCAGAAGUUGAAUUUUCUUCAUAAAAGAAUGCAGAUGGCAGAGUCAUGCUGCUGGGAAGGAAUGUUUAAACGAGCACCACUCUGGUGAACCUUCAGUAUUUUGCAUUCAUAGUGCAUAUAUGUUGUUGUUCUAUAAGCUGUUUAUGAACAUUUGAUUUAAUUUAUAUAAUAAUCUUACAUAUUGUUGUUGUCACUAAACAUCAAACAUAAGGAAAACAUUAUUACUUUUAACUGAAGGUACUUUUGAAGCAUUUCUAUUGUUCUGUUUUAAUUAAAUGUCCGCACAAUAUAAAAUGCAGCUAUGGACAGUGUUUGCAUAAUCACUGAGCAAUGUACUGGGAACUAAGAUAUUAUUCAAUUAUUUAACAAGUAAAUUAUCUAUGUAGCAGCAGUGCAGUGCAUAUGAUGAUUUAGAUACAGGUCAGUGGCUUCACAUAAGUUUCAUUAUAUCACAGUGGGGGAAAAAAAUCAAGUAUUUUGAGUGUAGCAAGAUUGUUGGUACAAGAGGGGCUGGUUGGAGUAUUUAUUUUUUCUAAAGAAAAGUAACUUAAUAACCACUAGCUAAUAAAAGCACACUGAGAAUGGUCAGGUUGGUUUGAGCUGAUAGGAAGACUACUACAACUCAAUUAUUCUGUACAAUUGGGGCGAGUGGAGAAACAGCUCAGAAUUAAGCAACACAUCCAAAUUUAUACAGGCAACAGCAACUGCAAACCAUGUCACAUUCCACUUCUUCAACCAAGAACAGAAAGCUGAAACUGCAGCGAGUACAGGCUCACGAAUACUGACUGACCUAUCCUGGUCUGAUUAAUUUAAUGUUCUGCUGUUUGAUGGUAGAGUAAGAAUAUGGUAACAAUAUGAAUUCAUGAACCUAUCCUACUUUCUAUUGAGGCUGUUUGAAGAGCAAAAGGGAGGGCUUGUAGUGUUUAAUAGUGUUCAGUGUUUUUAUAUACCUCACACUGUGGUUUAGACUUGUGUUUGACAGUAAUAAUAGUAUGAUUUGUAUUGUUAAUGUAUCAUGUGUUUGCCCAAAAGUUAUUAAUAAAAGUUUUGAUUAAAGUAACUAAGUAAUUAAAUUAAUGUUGAUCACUAUACCUGCACAGCCUUUGGCGUAACAAAAAAAAAAAAAAAAAAAAAAAGCCUGUAACAAGUUUGUCUCCACUUGUUUAUUGUUUCAGGAAAAUGUGUCAUUUAGAGCAAUGUUCAGUGUUUUUCUUGGAGAACUCACAAAGAUGCUUUAAAAGUACCAAAAUAUAUUUUCCAAAAUACCUUGUAUAGAAACCGUAUCGAGCUACUUGUGUGUUGAGACUAAAAAUGAAGAACUGACUAGUGGCAAUCCCUUCAUACGUUCCC